AUGACUGUAGAAUUAAAAACAGAUACUCCAACGUUUCUUAACAUUGAGGAUCAUUCAUUUUGCUUGUUGUUAAGAUGCAAUAUUUUGAAUUCUUCAAUGGUUAAAAAUUUUAUGAAUACAAGCAAAACUUAUGAUAAUAUAAAACUCUACGAAUUAGAAUCGGCAAAACAGAAAAUCAGACUAUACUCGAAAUCACCAUAUAGUUUUGCUAGUGACAUUGAAAAAAGCUUUACUUUUAUAUUUAAUUAUUCACAAAUGAGUUUGUUUUUAGAUUUAGAUAAAAAUUUGCCUUUUGUUUUCUCGAUUAAAGGAAGAGAACUAUUUAAAGAUAAUUAUAAGACAAUGACGAUUUUGUCCAUGGAAAUCUUUUCACAAACGAACAAUAUAAAAAAUCUAUUGAAAAAUAUUGAAAAUUUAGUCAAAUUGGAAAACAAUGUAAUCUCAGCAAUUAUAUUUAAAAAGAAAAAUAGAAGAAGGCUUAAUGAUGAUUAUCCGGAUUUUAAAUUUGCAAACUUCAAAAAGAAAAACACUGAAUAA